CCCGGGCCCGCCCCCUGAGUUUAGCUCCGCCUCUUCCGCGUUCUCGACUGAGACCUGCAGGUGGGGGUGCGCGCGGCCGUUCCCGCGGUGGUCGACUAAGAUUUCCGUGCUGGAGGAGAUGGAGCAGAAGCAGGUGACAGACUGAAGGACAUUGACUGGACAGAGGAUAGUGGAUAACUCCCUGUGACUGGAAGACACCAAUUUUGGGAUUCCUCUGAGACUUCAAGUUCUCCAGUGUCCCUGCUGAGUUGAAGAACCUUGUGGAGAUGGGCAGCAGCGAGCCCCUUCCUAUCGUGGAUAGUGACAAGAGGAGGAAGAAGAAGCGUAAGACCCGGGCCACUGACUCUCUGCCAGGAAAGUUUGAAGACGUGUACCAGCUGACCUCGGAAUUGCUGGGAGAAGGAGCCUAUGCCAAAGUCCAGGGUGCUGUGAGCCUGCAGAGUGGCAAAGAGUAUGCUGUCAAAAUCAUCGAGAAGCAAGCAGGGCACAGUCGAAGUCGAGUGUUCCGUGAGGUGGAGACGCUGUAUCAGUGUCAGGGGAACAGGAACAUUUUGGAGCUGAUUGAAUUCUUUGAAGAUGACACACGGUUUUACUUGGUCUUUGAGAAAUUGCAAGGAGCAGUUGGACCACAGUCCUGCGUGUGGAAAGGAGGUGUGCAGAAGCUCCACGGCUGCAUUUACUGGGCAAAAGUCAUGACUCCACCACUUGCUGUGUGUUCCAUCCUAGCACACAUCCAGAAGCGGAAGCACUUCAAUGAGCUAGAAGCCAGCAGAGUGGUGCGAGACGUUGCCACUGCCCUUGACUUCCUGCAUACUAAAGGCAUUGCUCACCGUGAUCUGAAGCCAGAAAACAUACUGUGUGAGUCUCCAGAAAAGGUGUCUCCGGUGAAAAUUUGUGACUUUGACUUGGGCAGUGGGGUAAAACUGAACAACUCCUGCACUCCCAUAACUACACCAGAGCUGACCACUCCAUGCGGCUCUGCAGAGUAUAUGGCACCUGAGGUGGUGGAGGUCUUUAGGGACGAGGCUACUUUCUAUGACAAGCGCUGUGACCUGUGGAGCCUGGGUGUGGUCCUCUACAUCAUGCUGAGUGGCUACCCCCCCUUUGUAGGUCAUUGUGGGGCUGACUGUGGCUGGGACCGGGGAGAGGUAUGCAGGAUGUGCCAGAACAAGCUGUUUGAGAGCAUCCAGGAAGGCAAAUACGAGUUUCCCGACAAAGACUGGGCUCACAUCUCCAGCGAGGCCAAAGACCUCAUCUCUAAGCUCCUGGUUCGAGAUGCAAAGCAGAGACUCAGCGCUGCCCAAGUUCUGCAGCAUCCAUGGGUACAAGGGCAAGCUCCAGAAAGGGGACUCCCCACGCCGCAAGUCCUUCAGAGAAACAGCAGCACCAUGGACUUGACACUCUUCGCAGCUGAGGCCAUUGCGCUUAACCGCCAGCUGUCCCAGCAUGAGGAGAAUGAACUGGCAGAGGAACAGGAGGCCCUAACUGAGGGCCUCUGCUCCAUGAAGCUGUCCCCUCCAUCCAAGUCUCGCCUGGCACGAAGGCGAGCCCUGGCCCAGGCUGGCCGAAGCCAAGAUGUAAACCCAUGUUCGACACCCGCAGGGCUCUGAACCACUGCAGGCACACCUUGUAGGCCUGUCCAAGCGGUGCGCCCUGAAAACCUUUGAGGUCAAAGUGUGAGGCAGGCAGAGGGACCUGCCCUGCAGCCCCAGCAAACCUUUACCAUCCACAAAGACUCCCAGGUUCCCACCCAUCCCCCAUUUCCCUUGGGUCCUCAAAGGAGAAAGCUUUUUCCGGAGGGGUUGUCUUUGAAACGGGAAGCAAUCACUUGUCACUUAGCAUAAUCGCCUGCAGCAGGAACAUCUCUUUGCCGGGCUCCAAAUGCUCCCAGUGUACAGAUCCAGCUUGCGGUGGGGGCUGCUGGAGCUGCAGCCUUCAGGGAGCCAGCUUCCAGGAGCUGACAGAAGCUGCCGACACAUAUGCCUCUUCUCCCCUGCACUGUCACCUUCUUCUGGCGAUCCUCCCACCUUCCUCUGUCCUACAGACGUCCUCUCUGCCUGUCCUUUCUCAUGGCUGAGCAAAGCCAUCCCCUCAAUUCUGGAAGGGCAGGGAACCAGAUCAGUCUUCCAGUCUGUAGCACAGAGAAGCACAUAAUCUUUCUUUGCCGUGACCAGAAUGUGUUCCUCAUUUAUCAUCCUCUUCCAUGUUUGGGAUUGCUGCUAAAGUCAGUAUUAUUUCUUUUUAAAAAUAUGUUUGCUUUUUUUUUUUAAACCAUGUUCUUCCAGCAAUCAUAGAACUUCAAACUCGCACUGCAAGCCCAUGGAUUUCCCCAAGCGGCUAUCCAUGCACUUGGGUUUUAAUCCUCUGCCUCACAGUCUCCACCGAUUUUAAGCUGUUACUAUGAUGAAAACAUAGUGACUGCUGUCUUCGCAUCUUUGUCUGCCACUGCUGCUUUCUCCCAGGUCAUUUGUGGAGAGAGGCACAAACCCAGGGCAGACUGCUGUCUGAGAGGAAGCCCUGCACCCUGCUCUGAGGAACACUGUGCCCACUGCCGCAGACGUGAAGGCACAGGCACUGGCAGAUAGCUGUGGAGUCACAUAAAACAGAUUUGCAUAUGUGAUGUACAACAUUAGUCAACCACAAUUACCAAAAUUCUCUCGUAACUUGUGCUUGUUUUAAUAAAUAAUGUAAAAUUCUGGCUGUG